UACGCACGCACAGCGGCGGCAGCAGAGAUGAUCAAAGACACCGCUGGAUGGCUGUGCGCGUGAGCUGCGAAAAUCCAGCGAACGGAUACACAUUCCAGAAGCGAUGUAGUACUGAGCCGCUGCUGUAAACACCGUUAUCAACAGGGUGAAAUGCCAGGACUUCCUGUUCRUAUCCACCACCACAGCAUCUGGGUCCUGUAGGCUGACAGCGGCCGGGAGAUGGAGUCGGUGGUGACUGCAGAGGAAACCGGGAAUGACGGAAGCGCGAGCGAGUGUCUUCAACCGGACGACGAAGACAGCGAUUCAGACAAGAAGGCUCAAAUAACAGAGAUGCCCUCCCUGUUUGGGGCAGACCCGUCUCGUGAGAAGAAGAUCGGCCACAGGAGGGUGGAUGCCUCUGGGGAGACAACUUACAAAAAAACCACCUCGUCUGCCUUGAGAGGGGCCAUUCAGUUGGGUAUUGGAUAUACUGUGGGCAACCUCAGCUCCAAACCUGAGAGAGAUGUCCUCAUGCAGGAUUUCUAUGUGGUGGAAAGCAUCUUCUUCCCCAGCGAGGGCAGCAACCUCACUCCAGCCCAUCACUACCCAGACUUCAGGUUCAAAACCUACGCCCCCGUGGCCUUCCGGUACUUCAGAGAACUUUUUGGAAUACGACCAGAUGACUACCUGUAUUCACUGUGUAAUGAGCCUCUGAUUGAGCUGGCCAAUCCAGGAGCUAGUGGCUCCAUCUUCUACGUCACCCGUGAUGACGAGUUCAUCAUCAAAACUGUCCAACACAAGGAGGCCGAGUUCCUGCAGAAACUGCUCCCUGGAUAUUAUAUGAACUUAAAUCAGAACCCCCGCACUUUGCUGCCCAAGUUCUUUGGCCUCUACUGCAUCCAGUGCGGAGGCAAGAACAUCCGAAUCGUGGUGAUGAACAACAUUUUGCCGCGCUCUGUCAGCAUGCACCUGAAGUUCGACCUGAAGGGCUCCACGUACAAGAGGCGAGCGUCCAAGAAGGAACGGGAUAAGGCCAAGCCGACUUUCAAAGACCUGGAUUUUCUGACGGACGUUCCCGAGGGCCUCACUCUGGACCAGGAUACAUUCAACGCUUUGGUCAAAACAUUGCAAAGAGACUGCCUGGUUCUGGAGAGUUUCAAAAUUAUGGACUACAGUUUGCUGCUUGGCGUCCACAACAAAACCCAUGCAGAGAGAGAACAUCAGUCCCAGGGUUCCCCUACAGGAGCGGGGGACGAGAAGAGGCCCGCGGGGCAGAGAGCCUUGUAUUCCACCGCUAUGGAGUCCAUUCAAGGAGGGUCCACAUGCAGGGACACGCUGGACCAAGACGACACAAUGGGUGGUAUUCCUGCCAUGAGCAGUAAAGGAGAGCGCCUCCUGCUGUUCAUUGGAAUUAUUGACAUUCUGCAGUCCUACAGAAUGAUUAAGAAACUGGAGCACUCUUGGAAGUCUCUCAUCCAUGAUGGAGACACCGUGUCAGUUCACAGGCCAAGCUUUUACGCCGAGAGGUUCUACAGAUUCUGCAGCACGGUUGUCUUCAAAAAAAGCUGCUCGUUACGAUCGUCUCCUAAGAGAGGCAGAGGGACGUUCCUCUUGUCCAAGUCUGGUGGGCAGCGUCCCUCGCUAAGUGACGAGAGGCAGGAGAACCUGGACAACUUGGAGAACCUGAGAGGAGCUCGCAGCUUCCCUGUGUUUGAAGACRAUAAGGAGCCACCCUGCACCCCUCCUUCAUUCGAAGAUGCUACCACAGCGUCUAUUGCUACCACUCUAUCAUCCAACAACUCUAUACCCACCACCCCGUUUGAUACGCCCGAACAUCCCCGCUCCAGAAGACAAAUGCCUUCACCAAAUGUGGCCAGAUCCCAAAAAGAGGUAGUAGAAGUCCACGGGGAUCGACAGGAGACCAUAACAGUGGAGGUGGAGCUGAGCCAAAUCCCACAGAGCACGGAGCUCACGCAGAUGACUGAAGCCACCUCUUCCAACCAACAGUCGUUCGAUCAUCCAACAGUUGCUUCCUCCACUUCCUGUCCAUCCUCGGCAUGCUCCUCCGCCACCCUUCCUCCGUCCUUUGUGUCAUCCUCCUCCUCCUCUCCUCAAUGUGUUGCCCAGUCAUCCGCCACGCUCUCCUCAUCCAUCCGCCCGUCCAGCAAACCGCUCGCCUCUCCGGGAGCCGCGCGGGCUUUAACUCUCUCCUCUCCGGUCUCUCAGUCGGCCGUGAUCUCUGCGCUCACGGAUCUGACUCCCGACCCCUCCUCCCUCCCCCCGGCCUCGGCCUUCACCCCUAUCYGCCCGGCGUCCGCUCGCUCCUCCACCCAGAGCUCCUCUCAGCACGUCCCGUCCACACCCCCCUCCUCCACCCCCUCAAGCCCCCAGGCGCCUCAGCGGGCGCCACGUGUGUCGCAAAACCAGCUCUCGGUGUCCAGCAGCCACAACUCGCUGGACGGGGAGGUGCAAGUUUCCGACAUUUAUUUUUAUGCAGAUGGAAGAUACUGGGUGUACUCUCCAGUUCUCGGUCGUCGUAAGCUUAACUCUAGUUCAAGUUUUAAUACUCAGGAGGACCAGAGCUGGGUGAACUCUCCUUUUCACGGCAGCUCAGAGUCCAGAAGAGGCUCGGAUGGGGAGAGUGAGACAUAAUUCCCUUUCGGGACAGCAGAGAUGGGUGGAGUCUCUGAUGCAAAAGCUGCGAGGUUUUAACCAUAAAACCACCAAGACGCUGAAGAUUUACUGUUGAAGCUGCAUGUUGGAGCGUGCUUUGCAAACUAAACAACAACAAAAAAAAAAAGCAUUUUGAGACACUAAGAUGAAAGUAAAAGCCAGAACUGUUAACAUGAUAGCAAACCAAUCAUUGGACUGUCUGUUAGAUUGAAACAGGAGUCAUGCAGCACAAUCAGUCACUGUGAGUUUGGUGUUUUGUUAAAAAGUCCAAUUUUGCUGCUUCCAUUAUCAGAAUUUAUGCUUGAAGUUCAAUCACUGAUUAAGCUAACUUAACACAAAGGUAUAUAUAAAAAAGUAAAAGCUCCAAACAUCAUCCAUUUCUCUUCCACAGAGCUUGGUUGCAGGAGCAGCAGGUUAAAGGAGCAUUUWGUUUCUCUUCAGCUCCUCUUAUGCAAAAUAUGACUGGUUCCUCUUGUCGACUCAAGUGUACUGUAAUUACUCCCCACUUUAAUUCUGCAUUUCUUUUAAACAAGGGGCACGUGAGCGUUGUAGACUUUUACUUUUGUCAGUGGUUAGUUGAAAACACUCAAACACAGUUAAUGUUUCAUCUGUCGUGCAUACAUCGUUUUGAUUCUUCCAGUGCUGUGUGGUGGUCCACUUUGCAAAUCUGAUGUCAAAAGGUUCAGUUAAAAUGGCCUUAUUUUACUAUUUACUAAUUCCUUAGUGUUCCAUUCUUUUUAAUGUAUUUUACAGUAAAAUGUUAUUUGGUUUGAAAUAACUAUUUUUUGGCAGAGUAAAAAUAUUGUAGAAGAAUAUAGGAAGAAAAAAAAUCAAGAAUGUAUUUUGUAAAUUGUGGGUUUUGCAUGUGUUUAAGCAGAUUUUCGCAAGUUUAACUCUGUGUGUGUCUAUGUGUGUGUGUGUGUGUGUGUGUGUG